AUGAUUGGCAUGCAGUUAGCAAAAGCUUUCAUCUAUCUCCCUUACAAUAUCGAUGACGUUUGGGCCUGUUGGUGGAAUACUGACAUUAUGGAAAAGUUUGAUCCAAUGGUAUUUAAGGGAAGGAAGCCACCUCCUCAACAAGAUGAUGCCUCAACAACAAAAUCCAGUUUUUCUUACCAGAAACCAAAUGGUGGUUAUGCUCAUUCUUUGAAUGUCAGUAAUAUUAAUUUCUUUCCAGUGAAGAGAACUCUUCACUAUACAUCAACGAUGGUGAGAGAUUCAGAGAUUGAUGCAAUCUUGUUGAUUGGACAUUCGUCUGAGAAUUUGAAAGAGGAUUUUCCUGAUGAGGAGAUUGAACACAAAUUAUUGCAAGGAUUCUUUUAUUGGAGUUUGUUUAAGGUAAAUGACAAGUUGACCAGAGUAAUGAUUUCAACGUAUAGUGAAAUUAACAUUCCAAUAUUUUCGUCAUUCUUUUACAAACAAAUGGCGAUUAAAAGGACGAAAAGUAUAAGGAAAUCAAUGAUGAAAGAAUUGGAUCGAUUAACAGAUUGUGGACGAAAGAAAAUGGAUACUAGUUCAUUUGUGGAUGAAUUGAAUUUUAGGAAGUGUUUGGAAGAAAAUUGUGUGAAAUAUCCGAAUCGAUCAUGGUAUAAGGAAUGGCUGGCUCUAAAGCAAAAUCCAACUCAAUUUUAA